AUGAUAGAUACUUUUACUGAGUACCGUAAAUUAUACCCAAUAAAAAGCGCAACGAGUGAGACCGCGAUCAGAAAGCUGGAUGAGUUUUCUGAAAAGGUCGGAGCAACGAAGAAAGUGCUUUCUGACAGAGGCACACAAUUCACCAGCAAGAAGUGGCGGAAAGCUCUACAAGAGAGAAACUUGUGGAUGAUUCUAACUUCGAUCCGUCAUCCUCAGGCUAAUAUGGUAGAGAGAUCUGACCACCACAACGGAUGGUUCUAUCAAAUAGAGAAUAUAGAAACUCUACUAAAUGAAUCUUACAAUGAUACCACGGAAGUUAACCCCCACGAAGCACUAUGGGGAAGAAAGCCUAAACGAUGGUGA